UCUCUUCUCGACUGGUAAUGUUAACGCUAGCUAACGUAUCGCUGGUUAGCUAAGUUGAUAUGAUAAACCUACAAACUACCAUCUUCGCUUUGGAUUCUUCCUUUUUAGAUCCCAGUUGUAUGAGCUCAAAGACGCCGUCCACAGCAGAACAUUAAUUUAGAACGGCGUAGAAAGCAAAGGAUUUUUCGUAUAUGCGCUUCAUUCAAGUUACUUAAUAUUUCCGUCAAUGUUGCUAAUGUGUAUUGUUUGAGUUCUGGACAAGGUGGUGAGUUUUUGCCAUGGCUUCACUGUCAGAGGAAGUGCUUCUGGUGGUGAAAAAGGUCCGCCAGAGGAAGCAGGAUGGUACACUGUAUCUGAUGGCAGAACGCAUAGCCUGGGGUCCAGAGGGCAAGGACCGCUUCACAGUCAGCCACCUCUAUGCGGACAUCCGCUGUCAGAAGAUCAGCCCGGAUGGUAAAUCCAAAAUUCAGCUCCAGCUGGUCCUUCACACCGGUGAGAGUACCACAUUCCACUUUGCCAAUGAGAGCAGUGCGCUCAAAGACCGUGAUGCUGCCAAGGAACUGCUGCAGCAGCUACUGCCCAAGUUCAAGAAGAAAGCAAACAAGGAGCUUGAGGAGAAAAAUAGAAUGCUUCAAGAAGAUCCAGUACUUUUCCAAUUAUAUAAAGAUCUCGUUGUGAGCCAAGUGAUCAGUGCUGAGGAAUUCUGGGCCAAUCGGUUAGGAGGCAUAAACAACACAGACCCUGGUUUAUGUGACAACAAACAGGAAGUCGGUAUAUCUGGAGCCUUUCUGGCAGACAUUAGACCUCAGACAGACGGGUGCAAUGGGUUGAGAUAUAAUCUAACAGCUGACAUCAUUGAAUCCAUCUUCAGAACAUACCCAGCAGUGAAACAGAAGUAUAGUGAAAAUGUGCCUCAUAACCUGACGGAGAAGGAGUUCUGGACGCGUUUUUUCCAGUCCCAUUAUUUUCACAGAGACCGCAUCAACACAGGAACACAGGAUAUCUUCUCAGAAUGUGCCAAGCAGGAUGAUAAAGGGUUGAAGUCAAUGGUCAGUCAAGGUGUGAAGAAUCCUUUGGUUGAUCUUCUGUCGUUAGAGGAUAAAACAUUAGACGAGGGUUACGGACUUUGCACAUCAACACCUUCAACCUCCAGCUCUAACAGGACAGUGAAAGACAGCAGCAACUCUGCCAUUAUAAAGCGGUUUAACCAUCACAGUGCCAUGGUGCUGGCAGCAGGCUCACGCAAAGGGGACACUCAAGUUGACCAGGCCAGUGAGACAAGCAGUACAGAUGGAAACUCAAGGGAUUCUGACUUCUUCCAGCCGCCUGUCAAGAAGGUUAGAUUACAAGAGGCCAUAGAAUAUGAGGAUUUGCAAAGGGAAAACGGACCAAAAACAGUUGCGUUAAACCUCAAGAAAGCUGACAGGUAUGCCCAUGGUCCUGUGCCACUUCAGUCCCAACAGUAUACAACAAGUCAGGAUAUCAUCAACUCUGUCAACUACAUCCAGCAUGAAAUGGCCAACUACAAACCCAAUCUUACUCAGGUGUUGUCCAGUACAUCAGCUAGUUCUGCCAUUGCAGCGCUUUCUCCAGGUGGCGUCCUCAUGCAAGCAGGAGCACAGCAAGCCAUAAAUCAGAUGGUACCCCCAGAGGUUCAAGGAGAGUUGAAGCAUCUUUAUGCAGCUGCAGGAGAGUUGUUGAGACACUUCUGGGCCUGUUUUCCUGUAAACACACCAUUUUUGGAGGAAAAGGUCAUGAAAAUGAAGUCGAACCUCGAGAGAUUUCAGAUGACCAAGCUUCGUCCUUUUCAGGAUAAAAUUCAGCGUCAGUAUUUAAGUACAAAUCUCACAGGGCACUUGGAGGAAAUGCUGCAGACAGCCUACAGCAAGUUCCACAUCUGGCAAACUCGUCGGAUGAUGAGGAAAACCUGAGGUCUGUCAGUUUUUCAAAGGAAAGACAAGAAAAUCGUUACAGUAUAUGGACAAAUGGCCUGUGUAGGCCCACCAGACUGAUGUGAAGAGACAACACAUUACAGCCUGAUGGGAUGUGAUUCACAGUGGCUUAUGAUGAGGAUACAGGCAGAUGCUGCUAUAUCCCUAAAUAUUCAGACUCUAACUGCAUCUCAGUCAAAAAUAACUGUAAUUAGUUUCUUUCUCUUUUUUGUGGGUUUUUUCAGUGGUUGAAAGAUUUACACCAUAAAAAGUUAAAUGGGAUGCUUAGAAUGGUGUAAUAUGACCAAAUUUCAGAUGGGAAUCAGAAAGGCACUCAGGACAUCAGGCUGAGGUGUGAGAGGCAAGCAGAGGACUGCCAGCAUGUGUUUCAUCAGUACGAAGAGCCAAGACAAGAGAGCCUGGACACACAAGGAGCUCCUCUAAGCACUGGGACGAUUAGUAGAAAGUGAAAAGAGGAAGUGAAUAUAGCAAUACUGUAAAGACAUUUAGCACUCGAGUGCAUUAGUGUGUGUGAGAUCCAGUCACACUGUCACUGGUUUGUAUUGUCUGCACAUUCUGUCUGCACUGAAGACAAAAACGUUAGUCUGAAUUAAAGUGAGACAUAAAGCUUUUUGAUCCUACUCUUUCUGUUGAAAUUGCAGCACUUCUGUUCAUGCACUUUUGUUAUUUUAAAGCUGUUGUCAAAUAUUUCAUAAGGUUUGUUUUGUUCUACAGUCAGUUUUAGAAAGUAAAAUACUUGACAUUUUUGA